AUGCUUCGAUUCAUCGUUCUAGUCCUGCUUCCUGUUGUUGCAAAUGUUGUCGUUGGAGACGAUCUUGAAUCCGACGAAUUCAACUGUGAACCAAGAUAUUGGACGAGCGGUCCCGAAUUUCCAUGUUAUGGUCAUUUGUCGACGGGUUUCAAAUGCAACAAUAGUUUUCUCAGUAUCUCUGACACACCAUUCUACGAUUGUUCAAAUGUAAGUUUGUUUUGGAAUUAUCCAAUGUACAAUUUGAUAGUCAAUAUAGAAGCAGCAAAUUAUACAAAUUUAAAACAACCAUUUGCAGUCACACUAAGCAAUACUUUUGGUCUACCAGCCUACAGAAUUUAUCCAAAUGGACAAGAAGUUUUGAUUUCAAGUACAACGGCAGAACAAGUUGUACAAACAUCUGAUGAAAAUUAUCAAGUUGUGCUAAAAAUUCAAGGGCCAGAACGAGUUACACUUUAUGGAGCAUUCAUCGAAUAUCAAGUUGCACCAGCUUAUUAUGAAAAUUUUUGA